GUUUUGCAAGCCAUGGACCCCUAUGUGAUUCAGACAAAUGGCAGUGGCAGCCAUGUUCUGGAUGUACAUGUCAAUAUUGGUGGGAGAAGCUCGGGGCAGGGAAAAAUGAAAGGCAGGAAGGCCAGGUGGAAUGUGAGGCCCUCCGACAUGUCCAAUAAAACUUUUAACCCCAUCCGGGCCAUCGUGGACAACAUGAAGGUGAAGCCUAACCCAAACAAAACUGUGAUUUCCCUGUCAAUCGGGGACCCUACAGUGUUUGGAAACCUGCCUACAGACCCUGAAGUUACCCAAGCCAUGAAGGACGCCCUGGACUCCGGGAAGUACAAUGGCUACGCCCCAUCCAUUGGCUAUUUAUCCAGUCGGGAGGAGGUGGCUUCCUAUUACCACUGUGCUGAGGCUCCCCUGGAGGCUAAGGAUGUCGUUCUGACAAGUGGCUGCAGUCAGGCUAUUGAGCUCUGUUUAGCUGUGUUGGCCAAUCCAGGACAAAAUAUCCUCAUUCCCAGACCCGGGUUUUCCCUCUACAGGACUUUGGCUGAAUCUAUGGGAAUUGAGGUCAAGCUCUACAAUCUAUUGCCUGAGAAGUCUUGGGAAAUUGACCUAAAGCAACUGGAGUCUCUGAUUGAUGAAAAAACAGCAUGUCUCAUUGUCAACAACCCAUCAAAUCCCUGUGGCUCUGUGUUCAGUAAGAGGCACCUUCAGAAGAUACUGGCAGUGGCUGAAAGGCAGUGUGUCCCCAUCUUAGCUGAUGAGAUCUAUGGUGACAUGGUGUUUUCAGAUCACAAAUAUGAACCAAUGGCCACCCUCAGCACCAAUGUCCCCAUCCUGUCCUGUGGUGGGCUGGCCAAGCGCUGGCUGGUUCCUGGUUGGAGGUUGGGUUGGAUCCUCAUCCAUGAUCGAAGGGACAUUUUUGGCAACGAGAUUCGAGAUGGGUUGGUAAAGCUGAGUCAGCGGAUCCUGGGGCCAUGCACCAUUGUCCAAGGAGCUCUGAAGAGUAUCCUUCAGCGUACCCCUCAAGAGUUCUACCAUGACACUUUAAGCUUCCUGAAGUCCAAUGCGGACCUCUGCUAUGGGGCAUUGGCUGCCAUUCCCGGACUCCAGCCAGUCCGCCCUUCUGGAGCCAUGUACCUUAUGGUUGGAAUCGAGAUGGAACAUUUCCCAGAAUUUGAGAAUGAUGUGGAGUUCACAGAGCAGUUAUUUGCGGAGCAGUCUGUCCACUGCCUCCCAGCAACGUGUUUCGAGUACCCAAAUUUCUUCCGAGUUGUCAUCACGGUCCCCGAGGUGAUGAUGCUGGAGGCUUGUAGCCGGAUCCAGGAGUUCUGUGAGCAGCACUACCACUGUGCUGAAGGCAGCCAGGAGGAGUGUGACAAAUAGGCCCUCCUGCGUCCCCCUGAAGACAUGUCCCAUCCAAGGAAGGCCAGACUGGGCUGCUCCUUCUCAGGGAAUCAGAGGUCCCUUCUGAAAGAGGGACCUCAAAAGCACCACAUCAAGAAUGGAGGAUUAUUUCCACUUCCCCCAGUCACAUCCAACACACACCCAGAACCCCACAUUCUCCCCUCACUUGGCUCUGUUGGAGUGACUCAUGAGUUCACCCCCCCCCAAACACACAACAUCUAACUUCCUCAUCUUGAGAGCACCGGGUGAACAGUUUACCAGAAAGAAGAGAGGCAAGAAACACGAGAGCCCAGAAUGGGAGAGCCGGAGGCUGAGGGUGGCCUGAACACCCAUUUCCUCAUGCUGUCUUAGGAGCAUCCUCCCUAGACAGGACCCAAGUCACUUCUGUCGCUGCCUCACUUCGGGCACACCUCACUCUUUGCCCUAGAACUACACUGGAAAGGAGCUAAGGACACGUGGAUUUGGUUAAUUGUAUUCUAAACACAUUAGGAAACUUGCUACUUAAAGGAUCCUUGACAGAAUUUUUUUUUUUGUAAAGAAUUAUUUUGUGGUGCAAAUAAAUAUCAGCUUCCUAACCGA